GGGUAAAACGUCAGUCCGCCGCCAUAUCUGUUUCUGUGCCGGGCUGAAGGAGAGAUUUUGGAGUCAUGAGAGGAAUUCGAUCCCUCAACAAUUUCUCUAAACGCUGCUAUGCUGCUGCUAGGAGGAGUGAAGCUCUGACAGAACCAUUUUCUAAUCUGAAACUCACCAAUGCUGCACCCCUCUCUCCACAGCAUGUCCAGGUGUCAAAACUUCCUAACGGUCUGGUGAUAGCGUCGCUGGAAAAUUACUCCCCCUUGUCAAGUGUCAGUGUGUUUGUGAAAGCUGGGAGUCGAUAUGAGUCUAUGGAAAACCAGGGUGUCUCUCAUGUGUUACGACUGGCAGCAAAUCUGACUACAAAAGGAGCAUCUUCCUUCAAGAUAUGUCGCAGUGUGGAAGCAAUGGGAGGAAGCCUGAAUGUGACAACCUCAAGAGAGACCAUGGUCUACACUGCAGACUGUUUGAGAGAUGACAUAGAUUCAUUGUUGGAGUUUCUGGUCAACGUGACAACAGCUCAGGAGUUUCGUCAAUGGGAGGUAGACGAACUGACUUCCAGGGUGAAGAUUGACAAGGCUCUGGCUCAGCAGAGUCCUCAGAUAGGUGUUAUUGAGAAGUUGCAUGAAGCAGCAUACAAAAAUGCCCUGUCCAACUCUCUGUACUGCCCAGACUAUAUGGUUGGUCGCAUCUCCUCUGAACAGCUACAUUCGUUUGUUGAGGAGAAUUUCACUACUGCCAGAAUGGCUCUUGUAGGACUAGGUGUAAAGCACUCUGUUCUGAGGCAAGUAGGUGAGGGACUGCUGAGUGUGCGCAGCGGGGCUGGAGCACCUGUGGCUAAAGCUGUAUAUCGAGGAGGUGAGCUGCGAGUGCAGAACAAUGAUGACCUGGUCCACUCGCUGGUUGUCACUGAGGGUGGUGUGACAGGUAGUGCAGAGGCCAAUGCUUUCAGUGUACUGCAGAGGAUUCUGGGAGCUGGUCCACAUGUGAAAAGGGGAUCCAGCCUCAGCAGCAAACUGAGCCAGGGUAUUGCCAAAGCUACCACGCAGCCAUUUGAUGCCACUGCAUUCAGUGCCUCCUACUCUGACUCUGGCCUGUUUGGUGUCUAUACCGUUUCACAAACGGACUCUGCCAGAGAGGUGAUCAAAGCUGCUAUGGCUCAGGUGAGAGGCGUGGCAGAGGGAAGCGUGUCAGAGGCUGAGAUCACCAGAGCAAAAAACCAGAUGAAAGCAGAGUAUCUUAUGUCAAUAGAGAGCUCUGAGGGCCUAUUGGAGGAGAUUGGUGCACAGGCUCUGACCACUGCAGCCUAUCAGGCUCCUGACACUGUCCUCCAGGCUAUAGACACUGUCACCCAGGAUGAUGUGGUCAAGGCUGCAAAAAAAUUUGUGGAUGGCAAGAAGACCAUGGCAGCGAGUGGACACCUUGCUAAUACACCAUUUGUGGACGAAGUAUGAAAAUAAACUAUAAGAACAGUUGAUUUUAACUUGGGUAUGCAGUGCUUGGCAGAGAUAAAAAAGAAGACUCCAAAGCCACAGCCUUCUGCAGCAAUAUAUUUGACGUCUUCAGUGCGUUCUGCAGUUUGUGUGAGCACCAACAGGAAGCUGUAAACUCAUUGCAGUUUUAGUCAGUUAUUUGUAUAUCUGUGUAAAUUAAAGUAAUGCCAGUAAA